AUGCUAGACUACUAUCCUGGUGGGGUGGAUGUAAUAAACAAUGCAUACACGGCUACCUGGACUAUCCAAGGUGUACUUGUGUGUGUCAAACCGGCUGGACAGGACCGACCUGUAACCAAAGGGAGUGUCCGAACCAAUGUGUACGUGGCACACAACGGCCAGACUGCAGUUGUCAAUGUCCACCCGGAUGGACAGGGCUUGAUUGCAAUACCCCAAGUACCAUGUGUCAGAAGAACUGCGGUCCACAUGGAACCUUGGACGUGCCAAGCUGCACGUGUCGCUGUGAGCCUGGUUGGACAGGAACGCUCUGCACUCAACGUGAGUUGA